AUGUCUUUCGUACCCCUUGAGCACAAGGCUGCAGGCCAUGAUGGAGCAAUGCAAUCUCUUGACGGUUCAUUAUUCAUAAAGCCCGCUAAUGCACAAGAGCUACAGUUUUAUACCACAACGCAGGCUGAGGCGCAAAAUCUUGACGAUGAGAUUGAGCUAGGAUCAAAGUUGUUCCAUUGGAUGCCUGUCUUUUAUGGAACAAUGUCUCCUGGAGUCAGUAAAGAACUACGUGAGAAAAAUCCAGAAGCAGGCAAAGGAUAUCAAGAUCCAUUGGUAUCCCAGCCCGACAGCGGACAACAAUACUUGGUUCUAGAGAAUGUGGUAUACGGUUUCAAAAAACCGAGUGUUAUCGACAUCAAGCUUGGAAACAUUCUUUACGACGAAAAUGCAAGCAAAGAUAAGAUCGAACGGAUGAAGAAGGUUUCAAAUACUACAACCUCAGGGUCUCUACAUUAUCGUAUAUGUGGAAUGAAAAUUGUUGAUUCAGGUAAAUCUCUGACAAAUAUCAAGGGCUCAGAUUUGAAAGAAACGGCGCGCGAAGAUGACGGUUACUUGUUGUUUGAUAAGAACUUUGGAAAAGGAUUAGCGGCUGACACUGUCAAAGAUGCUCUAUUACUAUUUUUCAGGGGAAACAAUCUUUCACCACAGAGACAAGCAAUUGUUCUCGAGAAUACCAUACGCCGAUUGCAACUUCUUUAUAAUUGUUUGCUCGAUUAUGAGAUUAGAAUGAUUAGUGCAUCCCUAUUGCUGGUCUAUGAAAAUGACGAAGGUCGUUGGGAAGAGCUUGAUGAUCAAGAUAUAUUAGUAAAUGAAAUGGAGAUUGAUGAGGACUCUAGCGAAGAAGACCUCCCCCGAGCAUUGAGUUUGCUGAGAUUGAUUGAUUUUGCUCAUACGAAAUAUACUCCUGGAAAAGGAAAUGAUGAAUCCAUAUUAACUGGUGUUAAAAACUUAUUGGAACUGAUCCAAACGUUAUAA